CCCAGGAGGGCCUCGGGCGAGUGAUCGCUAAGGCUUGGAGCACCGGCUUCGGGAGAUCCGGACGCAAGGCAGAGGUGCAGGGCAUCCAGUUCUUCGGGCGGAGCCUGCCCGAGUGACCCGCUUGCCCGGGAGCAGCCGCAGCUUCUUCGGUGCGGAGGUCUCGGGCUCGGCUCGCCGUCCGGGGAGGGCGUAGGCUAAGUCUGGGUGAUGCCUCUUUGCUGAAGCGGGUGGUCCUGGAGCUCCUGGCGGAUCCCAGUGGAUCCUACCGUAAGAUCCGCGUCCUGGAGUAUAGGCUGCAAAGGGAGAGCGCCGGAGAUUCCCCAGAGGCCGCGGGAGAAGACCGGGGGUGAAUGAGAGGACACCCCCACAGCAGAGCGGAGCCAGCAAGAGUCCCCCAGGGGAAGCAACCAAAGCGUCAAGAUGCUGGCAAGGCCAAAGCCAGGCGAGGCUGAGGAAGACCUGCUGCGCUUCCAGAGGCAGUUCCUGGCGGCCGGCACAGCCCCGGCAGUGCAGUUGGUGCAGAAAGGAAGCCGGUGCCAGGGAGAUGCACUUGCUCGGGAUGUGGUGGUGCUGGACGAUCUCCCUGAUGUGCCUCCAGCUUUGGUACCUGCUCCUGCAAAGAGAGCCAGACCCAGUGCCACGGGUUCCCUGCCUGUCUUUGAGGACCCUGAGGAGAGGCUGAACAGGCAUGAUCAGCACAUCACUGCUGUCUUGACGAAGAUUAUUGAACGAGACACCAGCUCAGUGGCCGUGAAUCUGCCUGUACCUAGUAAUGUGGCUUUCCCUCCUGUGUUCCAUCGCUCACAGGGAAGGCAGGGGAUGCCAACAACAUCUGGUCAGAGGAGCAUCUUUGCUCAGGAAAUUGCAGCAAGAAGAGCGUCUGAAGCCAGACCACUUUCCCCAAGAGAUGCCAAAUCCACCUUACACCCACCACAGGGUGCUGUGACCUGCGAAGAAGCUCCUCCAGGAGAGCAGGGCUGCCCACAUCCGGGAGGCAGCCCCAUCUUCCAAGGACCCCACCUGGUUACAGGCACGGGGCUCCGGGGCCAGGAGGCCAAGCAGGAGGCCCAGACCAUCCACGAGGAGAAUGUAGCACGGCUCCAAGCCAUGGCACCCGAGGAGAUCCUGCAGGAACAGAGGCGCUUACUGGCACAGCUUGAUCCAGGCCUGGUCGCCUUCCUGAAGUCUCGUAGCUGCAGCAAGGAGCAAGCAGGAGAGAGGGCCCGGGAGGAGCAGAGGCUGGAAGGAGCCUCGACCACAGCCACUGUGGAAGAUUCUGUCGUGCCAGCCUCUGCCUCAGAGCCCAGGAGGGAAGAGGAACUGCAGCCGAGCACCCCAGCUCCUGCACUGCCCGUGGCCCCCCAAAAGGAGUGGCUGCACAUGGACACAGUGGAGCUGGACAAGCUGCACUGGACCCAGGACCUGCCCCCACUCCGGCGGAAGCGGACCCAGGAGCGCAUGCAGGCCCGGUUCAACCUCCAGGGAGAGCUGCUGGCCCCCGAUGCUGACCUGCCCACCCACCUGGGCCUGCACCACCAUGGGGAGGAGGCAGAGAGAGCGGGGUACUCCCUGCAGGAGCUCUUCCACCUGACACGCAGCCAGGUGCCCCAGCAGAGAGCCCUGGCGCUGCAUGUGCUGGCCCAGGUCAUCAGCAGGGCCCAGGCCGGCGAGUUUGGGGACCGCCUGGUGGGCAGUGUCUUGCGCCUCCUUUUGGAUGCUGGCUUCCUUUUCCUGCUGCGCUUCUCCCUGGAUGACCGGGUGGACGGGGUCAUCGCCGCUGCUGUUCGUGCUCUCCGGGCUCUGCUGGUGUUUCCUGGAGACGAGGAGCUCCUGGACAGUGCCUUCUCCUGGUACCACGGAGCACUAGUGUUCCCGCUGAUCCCCAGCCAAGAGGACCAGGAUGCUGAGGAUGAGGAUGAAGAGCCGCCAGUGGAAAAGACAAAGAAGGCCCCGGAGGAGAGUUCCCGGCCUCCGUCUGACCUGGCCCGGCACGACGUCAUCAAGGGGCUGCUGGCCACCAACCUGCUGCCCCGGCUGCGCUACGUGCUGGAGGUGACCUGUCCAGCGCCCUCUGUGGUCCUCGACAUCCUGGCCGUGCUCAUUCGCCUGGCACGGCAUUCUCUGGAGUCAGCCACGAGGAUCCUGGAGUGCCCUCGGUUGAUGGGGACCGUGGUGCGAGAGUUUCUACCCACUAGCUGGGCACCCAGGGAGGCCGGGCCUGCCCCCAGCCUCCACCGGGUGCCCUGUUCGUCCGCCAUGAAGCUGCUCCGUGUCCUGGCCUCGGCUGGCAGGAACAUCGCUGUGCGACUGCUGAGCAGUUUUGAUCUCCGGAGCCGUCUGUGCCGCUUCCUGGCCGAAGCACCCCCGGAACUGGCCCUGCCCCAGGAAGAGGCGGAGACCCUGAGCACCGAGGCCCUCCGGCUGUGGGCAGUGGCCGCCUCCUACGGUCAGGCCGGAGACCUGUACAGGGAGCUCUACCCCAUCCUGGUGCAGGUGCUACAGGCUGUGCCGCGCCAGCUGACCACCCAGCCUCUGCGGCCCCUCGCCAUGCAGCAUAUUGCCUCGCUGCUCACCGCCCUCACCCAGCUGACCCUGGCCACCAGUGCCUCCGAACCCAGCAGGGAUGACACCACCGAGGUCAGCCCAUCGGCCGCCCCUUCCUCGCUGCUCUGGACGCAGGUGUGCGGGCUCCAGCCUCUGGUGGAGCCAUGUCUCAGACAGGCCUUGGAGUCGCUGUCCAGACCUGACGCAUGGUGCGCACUGGGCCCGGUGCCCACCGCCUGCCUGCUCUUCCUGGACGCCUAUUACCAGGCCUGGAGCCAGCAGCCCAGCAUGUGCCCCGGUGAUUGGCUUCAGGACAUAGAGCGCCUUUCGGACGAGCUGCUGCUGCCCCUGCUGUGCCAGGCCCCUCUGGGUGACCUGUGCCAGGCUCUUCGGCGCUGCUCCCCUCUCUGCAACCCACAGUCCUGUGCGCCAGGCCCCGAGAUGCUCCUGAGCCUCCCCUCCCUGGGCUGUGCCGGAGGCUGCCCACCCCUCAGCCUGCCAGGCUCCGCCUCGCCAUUCCCGUUCCUCACGGCCCUCCUGGCCCUCUGCGGCACCCUGACCCGCAUCCACAAGGGGCUGUGUGUCCAGCUGGCUUCCCUACUAUCCACCCCUGGACUCCAGGACUACUUCCAGCAGUGUGUGGCUCCCAUGCCUGCCCCCCAGCUCACCCCCUUCUCGGCGUGGGCACUGCGCCACGAGUACCACCUGCAGUACUUGGUGCUCAACCUGGCCCAGCGUGUGGCCACAUUCCAGACGGUGCCUGCGCCCAGUGCCGCCCUCCUCCACAGCCUGGCCGUCGCCCUGCUGAGCCGCCUGCUGCCCGGGAAUGAGCACCUCGCCCACGAGCUGCUGCGGACCUGCGUGUUCCGGCCCGAGUUCCUCCCGGAGAGAGCAUCGGGCGGUCCGGAGGCAGCUGACUUCUCCGACCAACUCUCCUUGGGGAGCGGCCAGGAACUGGGGGGUGGGCGUGGGGCCCUGCUCACCCAGGCCUGCCAGGACCUCCCCAGCAUCCGCAGCUGCUACCUCACCCACUGCUCCCUGGCCAGAGCCAGCCUGCUGGCCUCCCAGGCCCUCCACCGCGGGCAGCUGCAGCAUGUGCCUAGCCUGCUGCUCCCAGUGCCCAAGGAGCCACUGCUGCCCACCGACUGGCCUUUCCUGCCCCUGCUUCACCUCUACCACCAGGCCUCAGACCCCCGCCUGGGGGUCCCUCCUUCCGACACUGUGGGCACUGCCCAGCGGGCCCUGCAGUGGGUGCUUGUCCUGGAGAGCUGGCGCCCUCGCAGCCUCUGGGCCGUGCCUCCUGCUGCCCGCCUGGCACGGCUCAUGUGUGUGUUCCUGGUGGACAGUGAGCUGUUCCGGGAGGCCCCCAUACAGCGCCUGGUGGCAGCCCUCGUGACUCAGCUCUGCCGGCCAGAAGUCCUGCCAAAUCUCCACCUAGACUGCCCCCUCGCCGGCCUGGCAUCUUUUCCUGACCUCUAUGCCAGCCUGCUGGAUCACUUUGAGGCCGUGUCGUUUGGGGAUCACCUCUUCGGGACACUGGUCCUCCUUCCCCUGCAGCGUCGGUUCAGCGUUACCUUGCGCCUCGCCCUCUUUGGCGAGCACGUGGGAGCCUUGAGAGCCCUAGGCCUGCCUCUGUCACAGUUGCCUGUGCCCCUGGAGAACUACACCAGCCCCCCUGAGGACAGCCUGGCCCUCCUGCAGCUCUACUUCCGAGCCCUGGUAACAGGCGCGCUCCGGCCGUGCUGGUGCCCCAUACUCUACACAGUGGCCGUGGCUCAUGUCAACAGCUUCAUCUUCUCUCAGGACCCCAAGAGUUCGGGUGAGGUGAAGGCCGUCCGCAGGAGCAUGCUGCAGAAAACGUGGCUGCUGGCUGAUGAGGCACCCCGGCAGCACCUCCUGCUCUACAAGCUCCCUAAUUCCACCUGCCCCGAUGGCUUUGAGCUCUACUCGCAGCUGCCCCCUGUGCGGCAGCAGUACCUUCAGAGCCUCACCUCAGAGAUGGGCCAGAGCGGGGAGGGACAGGCCCCCGGGGGCUGCUCGGGGUGAAGCUAUGGCGCCAGUGCCCAGGAUGCUCCCACAGACACCUGUCUAGGUGGGGCCGUGUGUCCCAAGGCGACAAAAUGCCCCAGAACAGAGGCUGGCGUCAGGCUGAGCUCUGGACAACCCCGCCUCCACGUAGACCCUGAGAGCUGGGGCUCAGGUCUGGAGCCUCUGGGGUUUGUGCUGAGAGUGAAGGUGACACACAUUCACCUCUUCUUGGGGGAAGGGAUGGACUCAGUUCCCCUCUCUUCCCCCUCAUGGCCCCAGGCAGAGUAUUUAAAUAUUGUAGCUGGACGUUGGCAUUAAAAUGAUUUUUUUUAUCUCCUGGGAAUGUCUUAGAUUGGCUUGGAAGGAGAGGUCUGUUAGCUGGUGGAGAAGCAGGAGCACUGUGGGAGGAGUACAGGGAAUCAGGGUAACUGGG